GCGCUGUCCGGACGCCGCGCGGGCCCCGCCAGCGCAGGGCACUCGGAGCGGGGGCCUGCGCGCCUCGCUGUCCCCGCCCGAUGUCGCCGCCCGGCUGCUGAUCGCGUCGCCCCGCUGAUCCCGCGCGGGUGUGGGACAGUGGUGGUCCCGGCAGAGGCAGGAAGCCUCCUUCGCAAAGCGGGAAUGGAGGUAAAUUGUUUAACACUAAAAGACUUGAUCAACCCCAGGCAGCCUGGACUAGAUUUUGCAAUUGAAGAUGGGGAAAAUGCACAGAAGGAAAAUAUAUUUGUUGAUCGGUCAAGAAUGGCCCCGAAGACUCCAAUAAAAAGUGAACCAAUUGAUUUAUCAAAGCAAAAAAUCUUCACUCCAGAAAGAAAUCCCAUAACUCCAGUGAAGCUUGUCGACAGACAGCAGGCAGAACCAUGGACACCCACAGCUAACCUGAAGAUACUCAUUAGUGCUGCCAGCCCCGACAUAAGAGACCGGGAGAAGAAAAAGGGACUGUUCAGACCCAUUGAGAACAAGGACGAUGCAUUUACAGACUCUCUGCAGCUUGAUGUUGUUGGGGACAGUGCUGUGGACGAAUUUGAAAAGCAAAGGCCAAGCAGAAAACAGAAAAGUUUAGGACUCCUGUGCCAGAAGUUUCUAGCUCGCUAUCCAAGUUAUCCCUUGUCAACUGAGAAAACUACCAUCUCCCUAGAUGAAGUUGCUGUCAGUCUUGGAGUUGAAAGGAGACGCAUCUAUGACAUCGUAAACGUGCUGGAGUCUCUGCAUCUGGUCAGUCGGGUGGCCAAAAAUCAAUAUGGCUGGCAUGGACGGCACAGCCUGCCCAAAACCUUGAGGAACCUCCAGAGACUAGGAGAGGAGCAGAAAUAUGAAGAGCAGAUGGCACACUUCCAACAGAAAGAGCUCGACCUGAUGGAUUAUAAAUUUGGAGAACGUAAAAAAGAUGGCUAUUCAGAUUCCCAAGAUCAACAGUUAUUGGAUUUCUCUGAACCCGACUAUCCCUCUUCAUCUGCAAACAGUAGAAAAGACAAGUCUCUGAGAAUUAUGAGCCAGAAGUUUGUCAUGCUGUUCCUCGUCUCCAAAACUAAGAUUGUUACUCUUGAUGUGGCUGCCAAAAUACUGAUAGAAGAAAGCCAAGACACCCCGGACCAUAGUAAAUUUAAAACAAAGGUACGCCGCCUCUAUGACAUAGCCAAUGUUCUGACCAGCUUGGCUCUGAUAAAGAAAGUGCAUGUAACAGAAGAGCGGGGCCGUAAGCCAGCCUUCAAAUGGAUUGGGCCUGUGGACUUCAGUUCUGGUGAUGAAGAACGAGUGGAUGUUUCUGCAUCUGUCUUACCAGAAUUGAAAAGAGAAACAUAUGGCCAGAUUCAAGUCUGUGCAAAACAGAGGCUGGCUCGACAUGGUUCCUUUAACACAGUUGAGGCUUCUGAGAGGAUCCAGAGGAAGGUGAACUCGGAACCCAGCAGCCCUUACAGAGAAGAACCAGGAUCAGGUGGCUACUCCUUAGAAAUUGGAAGUCUGGCAGCAGUUUACCGACAGAAAAUAGAAGACAAUUCACAGGGGAAAUCCUUUGCCAGUAAGAAAGUGACACCUCCAUCUAGCAGCCUGGACCCUGCUGCUCCUUUCCCUGUCCUCUCUGUUGACUCAGAAUAUUGUGUGAGUCCUUUGGCCCACCAAGUAUUCUCUGUGGCUCAAAGGGACUUGCAGGCCUUCUCCGUGCAGAAUGGUCUGAAUGGACCAGCAGGCGUUGUCUCACGGGCUUCUGCAGCCUCGGAUGUGGAGAGCCUGAAGCCAGCCCUGCUGGCCGGCCAGCCCAUGGUGUACGUGCCCUCCACCUCACUGUUCAUGCUGUAUGGGAGCCUACAGGAGGGACUGUCCUCAGAGUCUGCAUCAGAGAGGGACAGCAGAAGCUCGGAAGUCACAGCAGCAGCAGAGCAGUCAUCAACACCCUCAGUUCAGAAGCGCCUCAGUGAGGAGAGGAAGCCCCAGGAGGAGGAGGAGCCAGCCACUAAAAGACAAAGUAGGGACUGUGAAGACGGCCCUCUGUCCCUUGUCAUGCCCAAGAAACCCUCAGAUUCCACAGACAUGGCCUCUCCCAAGACCGUGGGUAACGGGGGGUCUGUGCCCCUUGAAGACAUUCAGAGAAAUGGCCAACUCCCUGCUGGAAAGGAGGUUUUGGGAAAGGCUACAGCAAACUGCUUCGUUUCUUCUGAGUGGGGAAAUCCUUCCAGAAAUUCAGAGAUUGAAAAGCCUUCAAAAGAAAAUGAAAGCACCAAAGAGCCCUCUCUGCUGCAGUAUCUAUAUGUGCAGUCGCCGGCCGGAUUCAAUGGUUUCAAUGUGCUCUUAUCUGGCAGUCAGCACCCCCAUGCCGUGGGACCCUCUUCAGGUCAGCUGCCGUCCCUCAGUGUUCCUUGCAUGGUCUUACCACCUCCGACGCUGGGCCCUUUUCCUGUUCUCUGUUCUCCCACAAUGCCUGGACCAGUGUCCUCUGCCCUUGGCGCUCUCCCAAACUCGGGACCUAUGAAUUUUGGCCUGCCUGGCCUCGGAUCAACAGCUCACCUUCUCAUCAGCCCUGCAGCCAUGGUUAAUCCAAACUCCUCAACACUCCCCUCCACAGACCCUCAGCUUCAGGGUCCACACUCACUUAACCUGAGUCCAGUGAUGUCAAGAUCACACAUCAUCCAGCCUGAAUCCCCCGUUUACGGGGGACAUCCGGUCUCUGCAGUAAAAUUACAACAGUCACCAGCUCCAGUGACCCCCAAGAGCAUCCGACGCACACAUCGUGAGACAUUUUUCAAGACCCCUGGCAGCCUUGGAGACCCUGUCCUUAGGAGAAGAGAAAGAAACCAGUCACGAAACACCAGCUCGGCACAGAGGAGACUCGAAAUACCCAGCGGCGGGGCUGACUAACCUGACACUGCCAGGCGGGCUGGGAACAAACCACCCGAAUCUCCCCGUGCACGGGUCACGUCCUAGGCGGAAUGGAAACCAUCGGCGUUCACACGCACCCUUCCUCCCUUUCACCCACUGGUUCUAAUGCCAACUUCCCAUCAUGAUGAGUCAUCUAUUUUCCUGAAAGUAAUUAUUAUUAAUUGUGCAUUUAAUACUAGUUAGAGUCCAGACUGUGCGUGGUGUCACAGUGAAAGCGCUGACUGACUUUUGUGGUUUGAUUCAAGAAUCCUCUUAUUGCUGGAAGUAGAUCUGAACAGGCUGUGGGACCCGUGAUUUCUCUAAAGGGGGGGCCUGUCUAGCACUUAACCUGGGUGAGCAUUCUUGACAUGUAUUUCUCCUCGCCCUGAGUAGAUCUGUGGCGAGAGAAACUUCCUCUCUGCAGUUUAAAAAAGCUACUGCUUCCUUAGGCUUCACCAGGAAGCCAGCUUCAGUUGUGAAUCCUAUGGUAUUAUUUAUUUUGUUCCUGAAAUGGGAUUUAGUGCAAAAAGUUUACAACUACAGCAAAACACGUGUUUUUCAGGGUAUGACGACUUGAAUGUUUAUACUUUUUUCCUAUAAUUUGCCCUGCGCUUACUUUACAACCUAGUAAAAAUGUGGAUAAAUGUAUUCGCAUGACAGAAUGUCAAGACCAAAAUAACUGUGAAAGACACACCUGCUCUGAUGGACUGUGCUGACCUCUCUAGGCACGAGAACCAAGAUGGACUCAGCAGCUGAGCGGCUGCCUCUCUGGUAGCUGUGUGAGCGAUGAGGUUUCAGUGUUCAUGUGCAGUCUCCUUCACUACAUGGCCCUGUGGUGUUUUAUUUAAAUGUUGACUGGAGAGUAUCAGGUAUGGGUGCCUUCUAACAAUUGCUGUUUAUUGAAUAAAUCAGGAUGGUAGAAAGUAAUUAUAUGGAAAACCAGAACCUGGAUGGGACUUUUCAGUGGAAUUCUGAAGAGUAACGGUGUAGAAAUUGAUAUAGGACAAUAGGUGAUUCUUUUAUUUUUUCCUUUACUUUUUUUCUUCAUGUUCAGAAGGGUAAGAGGGAAAAUGGACACAUUAUGUUCAGUAUCCAAGAGUAUUCAAACCAGAGUUACUUUUCAGACUACUUCUGAAAAAUAAGAAUGGUGAGUGCAGGGGUUCAUUGUUCUAGCAUGAACGCAGUAUCCCUUAGUUAAAUCGUAUUACUUUAGGGUUUCCUGAAGUAGCAGACAGAUCUUUGUAUUCCUAGAUUUAUUGAUAUUUACCUCAUUCUCUUCUCUUCGUAAUUAAUGGCUUCCUCCCUCCCUUCCUUUCUUUAUUCCUUUCUCUUUUUUUAAACUUCUAUCUUAGAUUUGGAAUCUUGGUGUAGGGUUUUAUUUUAUUUUUAUUUUUGGACCCAAUAAAAUGUUUUAUGAAAGAAUAAAAAUAUUAAUUUAAGAGACUCUGGGAGUCUGAGUAAGGUAGCUUUAUAUUAACUACAGGAAAAUCUUAGCCUUAUUACCCCCACAAGAUUUUUGAAAACUUGAGGUAGGUAGCCAGAUUAAAUAAAUUUGCUAUUAUAUAAAAUUUUUAUCAACACUAAACUUUUAAAGUUUAGAAUAUGGUAUUUUUUCCCUUUUUCACAAUCUCUAGAGUUAGAUAAAAAUAUGAUUCUAAUCGUCAACAGUUGCAUGGUAAUGAUUACCCUGAAGUAAUAUGAUAGGUUCCCUAUCAAAACAAAUAAAAAUAUGCCUUUUUCGGGUAGAUUACAGGACACACAGCAUAUAGAUCUGCACAGGGUAUGUGGAUUUUAAAUACACCAUGCUUAAGACCUUCCACAAAAUAAUUCCACUUGAGAGGUCUACAUUUAGAUGUACACACAAACUGAUUUCCCCUCCUCGUUCUUGGAUGCUCGCCACUUAUUACUUUAACUUCUUUGCUAUCUUUUUUAAAUUCUGUCCAUGAUAUGACUACAUAAACCUCAGAGAAUUCCCAGUUCUUGAGGAGUGUUAAAUAAAGCAACCCCAUAGAGGAGACUGCUAUGACUGUGACCAUACUUAGCAAUAGAAAACGGAGAACAAACUCCUGUGUUCAGAACCCACUUCUUAACGUGGCUGUGUGAUCCGUAAAGGUGGAAGAGGGAAGCAGCGGUCGCUUCAGGCAGGAAGUGAACCCGCUGCCCAUAGAGCAGCUGACCGUGGGGAAGCCGCUGAGCGGGGUGUGGGUGCUCGUGCGGGAAGACGUGGUGGCGUUGUGAGUUGAUCACUGUGUAAUUUAGUAGAAGAAAACAAUUGCUGCUGAUCCUGCUAAGGAACUGCAGCUGUGAGUUGGCACUGAGGGAGGCGUGUGCCCUACACUGUCCAGGGUUUGUGAAACCCUUUCAUGCUGGUACAAGAGUUGGGGGUAUAACUUUUAUACUUGAAUCUACCUACCAAGUUUACAUUUCUCAAUUCCUUUUUAUAAGGUGCUAUUUCUGUAUUUAAAUAACUUUUUUUUUUCAAUGUAAAGCUGCUUUCUGCUUCUCCUAUUGCACUGCUAGUUUUAUGUAGGUUGUAAUUUUAUUGCUGCAUACUGCUUUUUUCCUAUUAUUUAGUUCUGCUCUUUUUUUCUAAUGGCUAUAUUAUCUAUAGCUGUCUACUUGUAACUUUACUGUGUGUAAACUGAUUUUUUUCUUUUAGAAAAAUAUUAAGCUUUAUAAAAUAGCAAUAAAAACUAAUUCAUUUA